UUGCCUGAUGAAAAUGUUCAAAGUCAGAGCUGUCAGACAACAAGCAGGACGGGGGACGACAAUAUUUCAUUCCCAUCUGUCAACCGAUUGCUGUGGCCAAAAUGUUCGAGGAGGCGAGCGAAGUGUUCGAUAAUAUGUUCAAAUCUUCCUUUCCCCUCACCUUCAUCGUCUUCAUCCCGGCGGUGCUCAUCCUGGUGUCACCGCUCCCGGCCGAAGCAGCACAUGAGUUCACUGUGUAUCGCAUGCAGCAGUACGACCUGCAGGGACAGCCCUACGGUACCAGAAAUGCCAUCCUGAACACCGAAGCUCGUACUGUGGAGGCGGAGGUGCUAAGUCGCCGCUGUGUCAUCAUGCGGCUGGCGGACUUCUCCUAUGACAAGUAUCAGAAAGCCUUGCGCCAAUCGGCGGGGGCUGUGGUCAUCAUCCUCCCCCAAAACAUGUCCACUAUGCCCCAGGACAUAGUGCAGCAAUUCAUGGAGCUGGAGCCGGAGAUGUUGUCCACAGAGACCAUCGUCCCGGUCUACUUUGCCAUGGAGGAUGACGAACUGCUGUCCAUUUACACCCAAACCCUCACUUCCUCCUCCUCCCAGGGAGCCUUAUCGGCAGCUGAAGUAUUGCUGCAUACCGCCACUGCCAAUGGCUUCCAAAUGGUCACUAGUGGUGCUCAGAGCAAAGCAAUGAGUGACUGGGCCAUCACCAGUCUGGAGGGCCGCCUGACUGGUGUCGGUGGAGAGGACCCACCCACAAUCGUGGUGGUGGCUCAUUACGACUCCUUUGGAGUUGCUCCGUGGCUGUCGUAUGGCGCCGAUUCAAAUGCAAGCGGAGUGUCUAUGUUACUGGAGCUGGCCCGUCUCUUCUCGAAACUCUACACCUACAAGAGGACACAUGCUGGAUACAACCUGCUGUUCUUUGUAUCUGGUGGAGGAAAGUUCAACUACCAAGGCACCAAACGCUGGCUCGAAGACAAUCUGGACCACACAGAUUCCAGUCUUCUACAGGACAACGUGGCCUUCGUGUUGUGUCUUGACACUUUGGGAAAUGGAGAUGUUCUUCACCUACAUGUGUCCAAACCUCCCAAAGAGGGAACGCCUCAGUAUGCUUUGCUCAAGGAGCUGGAGACUGUGGCGGCCAGCCAGUACCCAGGGAUGAAGUUCUCCAUGGUCCACAAGAAAAUCAACCUGGCCGACGACAUGCUGGCGUGGGAGCACGAGCGCUUCGGGAUCCGCCGCCUGCCGGCCUUCACGCUCUCGCACCUGCCCUCGCACCGCCUGGCCCAGCGCUCCAGCAUCAUGGACGUGCGGUCAGUGUCCCCCUUCCCUCGCUACGGAGCAGGAGAGCCCCCUGCUGGGCCACAUGUAGACAUUGAGAAGCUGAGCAGGAACACAAAGGUUGUAGCAGAGGCUCUGGCCCGCGUCGUGUACAACCUCACAGAAAAGGAAGCCCCCAGCGACCUGCACAUCUUCACUGAACAAAUGCAGGUACAAGAGGAGCACCUGUCCGCCACGGUGGACUGGCUCACAGCACAGCCGCGGGCCGCCCAGCUGGUGGACAAGGACAGCAGUGUGGUGUCCACCCUGGAGUACCAGCUGGGACGCUACCUCAAGGAUGUGAAGAAACACUACGUCAAAGCAGACAAGAGAGAUCCAGAGUUUGUGUUCUACGAUCAGCUGAAGCAGACCAUGAAUGCUUACAGAGUCAAGCCCGCCAUCUUUGACCUGCUGCUGGCCAUCUGCAUCGCUGCCUACCUGGGCGCCAUGUAUCUGGCCAUCCAGAACUUUGGAGUAUUAUACAGCGUGGCGCGGAGAGUAACCCAGUCCAAAGUGAAGGCCCACUAAAGUCGACGACGACACCCUCAAACCCCACAAACUUUUCCGUUCAUUAUUUUUGACACACUCUCAGGGUGCUUUUCAAAGCUGCCCCAAUCAUUCCCAUCAUCCUCUGCUACACACCUAUGAUGUCACUUCCUGUCCUUGCUGCCAACUUGAAAUCUGCACGCUGUCGCAAGUGGUUUGACACUCCCCCCACCUCUUCACCAACGCACUGUUGUCCCUGGCAGCUGGAGGGAUGCAAAUGUGUCUUCCUGUACAAGGACUUUUUUUUAUUUGGAAUCUCUUGAACCAAACCGCAAUCUUUUGAGUGAAACUACCUUGAAUCGGUUGGAUGUUUUGAAGUCAUCCACCACAUUAUACUAUGUGGACACAUGAUUGGGUGAAAGUCCGACACCUUGAAGACCAAUACGGGGAAAAAGUUGAUGAUUGAAAAGCACCCGAAAGUCCGCAUAAUUAGUUGGCAUUAACUCUUACUCUUAAUUUAAAAUGAGCCGUGUAUUAAAAACACAAGCCCAACCGAAAUAUUGUUAACCAAUAAAGUUAAUGUGAAGUAGUAUAUAAGUCACCAUUCAUGUUAAAUGACGAUAUCAGCUCCAGUUUGUCCCCCUUUUUAAAAAAAUAAAAAGAUACAGUAGAUGUUAGUCAAAAUUGAAUCCUUAAAAGUGAUUCUAAUUGUGUUUGUGGCUUGUGUCUUUGUGUUGGACAUUUUUAUUCUUACUUUCCCAAUGUCCUGUGUUUUAACACAGCUAAAGGUAAGAAGCCACAAGUCCCAUUUUCUUUUCUAAUCACAGCUUUGUGUGUAAGAGUGCAUCUGCAGUUUGAUAAAUGGCUUUUUUGUUUUUGUUAUCACUGUGUUAUGACCUUUUGCUGAUCAUGGCUACUUUUUAAGGCCACAAGGUGGGUAAAGUGGUCACAACCAGACAAAAGGGGGGGAGGGGGGGUUAGUCUUAAGCGCAAGCGCAUCAGUGACUAUAGUGAAAAGAGAAAUCUUAAGAACACCUGCAGGUAAACUUCCGUUUUUUGUGUUACUGCAUGACUUGUUCUUCCCCAACUCAAAAGCCACACUUUCAUGACAAUUAAUUUAUUGAACUUUGGCACACCUGAAUAAUGAUCUUUGCAAAAAAGCAAAAAAAAAUGUGAUUAAAAAAAAUAAAUGACAAAAUAACUGUCUGUUUUUUUUUUUUCCCUACUAACUUGACCCCUUUUUAUUUUAAAUGAACCAAAAGAAAAUCUGAAUAUUCAAUUUAGGGGAGAAAAGUGCAUACAUUUUUGGUCAUUUUCAAGUUAGGGGUUCAAAUUCUAUCUUCAAAAAAAAAAUCAUAACAUAAUUUUAGGUGAAUACGGUAUCUCAAUUCUGAUUCCAAAUUAGGGUUUUACGACUGUUAGGUAUUGAAAGUAGGUUUUUAAAGUGAUUGGGACAAUUGGGGUUUCAAACAAGUGUUGAGGAUUAACACUUGGGUUUUAAGGCAGGGUUGGUGUUUCAAACCUUGGUCAGGGUUUCAAACUACUGCCACACUUAAAUCACAGUUUAUUGGUGUGCCUGUAUAAGAUCGUUGCGAAAUAAAUGAAUGACAAAAUAACACACGAUUUUUUUUUCCCAUCUUGACAUGUUUUUAUUUUUGGAGAUAAACCAAAAAGAAAUCUGAAUGUUCUAUUAAAGAGCAAGUAGUUGCAUUGGGGGCAAUUAAGUUUUACAGGGCUGUGUACCAGUCUUCCAAAAAUGUGUGAUUAAAAUACAAUGUUUCAUUCCAACAAAAAUAAAAAGGUCUAA